UCUUCUCAGUCAAUUAAAAAAGAAAAAGCAAAUUCAGAAAAAAAGGCAUUUAUAUUAGGUGGCCAAUCUGCGGAUAUCUCUUUUGAAACUGUUUCAAAUAUAUGAUUAUUGAAACACUAUUUCCCUAUUUGUGUUCCAACUUUUUUUGUUGCAUAAUUCAAACUCUUAUUUUCUAAUCUCUUUGUCUGUCCUAAAAAAACCCUUAGACUUCAAUUCCGCGAGUUUAUCCGAUGUAUUCUCACAUCCUCUGAAUUCACACCGACGCCAAAUCUGAGAGGAUAUAUCACACUCGGCGAUACAUGUUGUAGAUUCAGAAGAUCUAAGAUUCUGCUUUGUCACUGCUGAUUUUUCCUUGCACAUCUGAGAUAGAGUGAUAAAUUGUUUCCAGAGCUGGAGAGACAUUUUUAGUGAACCUAGCCCUAGAAAAACAAUGGACCGACUAACUGAGAAUGCACGCCUCAUGAUUGUCUCUGAUCUUGAUCAUACAAUGGUCGAUCAUCAUGAUCCCGAGAAUCUCUCCCUGCUUAGAUUCAAUGCCUUGUGGGAAGCAAAUUACCGUAGCAACUCUUUGCUAGUUUUCUCCACUGGGAGGUCUCCCACACUAUACAAGCAAUUGAGGAAAGAGAAGCCCAUGCUAACCCCUGAUAUCACAAUAAUGUCUGUGGGAACUGAAAUAACUUAUGGUAACUCUAUGGAACCGGAUAACGGUUGGGUUGAAUGUUUAAAUCAGAAAUGGGAUAGGAAUAUAGUUUUUGAAGAGACGAGCAAGAUUGCAGAGCUUACUCUUCAGUCUGAGACGGAGCAACGGCCACACAAAGUGAGCUUUUAUGUUCAGAAAGACAAGGCUGAAGACAUUACAAGAUCUCUUUCGACUUGCUUAAAAGAACAUGGGUUGGAUGUCAAAAUAAUUUACAGUGGAGGUAUGGACUUGGACAUUUUGCCUCAAGGUGCUGGCAAAGGACAAGCACUUGCUUAUUUGCACGAUAAGUUUAAGGCUGAGGGCAAAUUACCUAACAACACACUUGUUUGUGGCGACUCUGGAAAUGAUGCUGAUCUGUUUACGAUCCCAGAUGUACAUGGUGUCAUGGUCAGUAACGCCCAGGAGGAAUUACUGCAGUGGCACGCUAUAUAUGCAAAAAAUAAUCCUAAAAUAAUUCACGCAAAGGAGAGAUGUGCAGCGGGUAUUAUACAAGCCAUCGGUCACUUUAAUCUAGGUCCAAGUAUAUCUCCUAGAGAUGUUACAGACUUAUCCGAUUCUAAGUUGGAGAACUUUGAUCCUGCUUAUGAAGUUGUGAAGUUUUACUUGUUUUAUGAGCGAUGGAGACUUGCUGAAGUUGAAAAGUCAGAGCUUUAUUUGGCAAAUCUGAAGGCAGUUUGUAGUAAAUCUGGGAUUUUUGUUCAUCCUUCUGGAAUUGAAAAGCAGCUUCAUGACUGCGUGAACUCACUAAGAACUUCUUAUGGGGACAAAAAAGGCCAGCCGUUUCGUGUUUGGGUAGAUCAGGUUUUACCUGUGCAGGUUGGGUCAGACUCAUGGUUGGUUAAGUUUAAGAAAUGGGAGCAAUCAGGUGGAGAGAGGCUAUGUUGUGUGACUACUGCUUUAUUGAGUUCAAAAGAUGUGACCGUGGCUGAUGGGUUAACUUGGGUGCACGUCCAUCAAACAUGGUCGAAGGAAGCAGGCCCAAGCGGUGACGCAGACUGGUUGUUCUAGUCUCUCUCUCCUCUCCUCUCCAAAUAAAAGCAAAGCUGUUAAUUUCUGCUAUUGCUCAUGUUCAUGUAUUCUGUAAUCCAUGGAUGGAUUAACACACAAUACUUUACUUUUCUACACUAAAUAAUUACUUGCAGCUAUUGCUUAUUUCA